AAAAACGGAGAAUACAAGAAUGUUGUAAAAGACAUGGCUGAUAAAUUAAUUGAGAGUGAAACGCAAAUUAAAGAUGGAGCCCUAAACCUUGAUCCGGGCAUGGAUGCACUCACAGUAGUAUUUGGCAAAGAUAAAGGUGGGUUUUUAAAAGGUGUUGGUUAUGGAGUGACUUUCAGUAAAUAUUGGCAGGGUCCUCAAACCAAAGGAUCAUCAAAAGAACGAAUUGCACAACUGGAGUUUCAACUACACAAUGAGAGACUUGAGUGUGGAAAAAAAAAGAUGAAGAAAUUAAGACCUUGUCGCUGCAGAUGGCAGAAACAAAUAACACACUUAAUCAACUUUUAGCUCAUCUGGCAGCACAAGGACAACGGGUACCAAUAUGUUCAUUAUCUGUAGAUAAAAUGUGUCAGACAUAAGUAAGUGACUUAUUUUAUUAGCAAAUUAAAACCUUAAUAGUUAUAAAAUGUUAACUAUUGUUAGCUAUCGUAUAUUGCAACCUAUUUAUAUAAAUUUAACAUGUGCAUUGCAAUUUUAGAACUUGUCCUUGUUUCACCGAAUGGUAUUAUUUGUAUUUGCUCUCUUGUUGCAUUUUGUAGGUAAAUUCUGUGGACAAACAUGUUGGAUCAACAAAUAAUGCUAGUGCUACCGCGUCUAAAAUAGUGCAAAAAGAAAUGGCAACAA